AUGGCCGGAACCCCUACUCGACGGUCGAGACGUUUGGCACAGACUGUGGAUAGCUCUAAUAAUGAUACGUCUAGUCCAGCAGUUGUAGGAACCACCACAAAUGGAAGUCUUAGUAAUGGAGGCAAACAUGUACAGCCUAACGAAGAAAAUAUUAAUAAUAAUGUAAAUAAAAAGAGGAAGCUUGAAUCUCCUGAAGAUAGGAUCUCCAGCUUGAUGACGAACCACAAUAUGCUUGUGAAUGAAUUGUUCAAUUUAAAAGAGUACAAGAAUAUCUUGUAUUGGGAUCCGUCAUUGUAUUCUAGUACGAAAUCUCCGCAACUUCCUGAAAUAUUCGAAGAAUUUACAGCCAAUCCUGCUUAUCAGGUGUCUUGGAGUGAAACACCAGAAGCUGACCAAAAGGAACUCGAUAGCAUCCCGCUAAGACUUCAGAAGAGACUUCUUAUUGAGAGGGAGAAGAAGUUGCUUGAAAAGUACCCGUUCAAAGAAUCUGCUAUAAAGAAGAGCGUAGCGUUGGAGGAUAAGCUACUCAAUGAUAUUGAUGUGGUAUAUGUUGCGAAUGCAAAACUCGAAGAACAGAGAAGGAUAAAGGCUGAAGCUGAGGCUAAGAAGAAGCGUGAAUUGGAAGAAAAAUUAAGACUAGAGGAGCUCCGCAAAGCUGAAGAACGAGAGAAGGCUGAAGCCGAAGCUGCUUUGAGAGCACAAGAAGAAGAGCAGGAGGAGGAAGAAGAAGAGGAGGAGGAGGAAGAAGAAGAGGAGGAGGAGGAAGAAGAAGAAGAGGAGGAGGAAGAAGAAGAAGAGCAAGAAGAAGAGGUCAUAGAAGACGUUAACGUAAAACCAGUUAAAACCGCUAAGGGAAGCUCUUCUCGACCAAAUAGUAAGAUAACAAAAUCCAAAUCCGUCCCUCAGCUGAAGGUUCGAACUUCAAGAAAGAAACUUACACCUGUUAAAAAGGAAGUAGCUCUGGAAGAAGAGGAGGUGCAAGACAAGGCACCAGUAAAAGAAGAAACUGAAGAAUCCGAAGAAAGCAGUGACGAGGAUGUAGGCACUAAUUAUAAAUUAAAGUCAACCUCUUAUACAAUGCCACCUCCUUUGGUGAUGCAUCCUUCUCACAUACCAUUAUGGAGACCUACCCCUUCACAUGAUGAUGGAAAACAAAUGCGACAACUCAAUAAUGUUGACGACUCUGACGAAGCCGAGAAGGAUUCAAUAAUCCCAUUUAACGCUGAGAAAAUUAAGGUUAUCAUAAAUAAAGAUGGAUCCAAGACAACUUAUCCUAGUCUUCAGGAAAAGAUCCAUAAUUACCUUGAAAAUAAGUACAAAUCUGCGAUCAUCGAUGAAUCUAUAAUGCCAGAUUAUAAUAACAGCAUAGAAGAGUACAAUCAGAUCAUGGAACAACAAGAGGAGCUUGUUAAGAAACUUUACCAAAAGAUCUAUGUGGAGAGAAGACUCGAGCUUCAUGGAGAUAAAGUAGAGCAAAGAAAAACAGUCUUGCCCCAGACUAAUUCCAAACUAAACAUAGAUCCAUUUAGAGCAAACGAUCUUAUAAUAACUGCCAAAUCUGUACAUGGCUCGACCCCAAAUUCAACACAUCAGGAUAUUUUACUUCGCCAAGGAAUGGCAUUUUCCAAAGUUCAUCAAAAUGCACGUAAGCAACAUCUAUUAAAGACAAGAAGGAUUGCCCAAAUGAUUGAACAGUACUUCAGGAAGAAAGCUGGAGAAAAGGAAAGACUUGAACGAGAAAAGGAGCAAAAUUUGAGGAGGAUUAGUAGAUUGGCAGUUCAAGCCGUGAAAAGGAGAUGGAUACAAGCCAGUAAAGUGUAUCGUCACUUGCAGCAACAAGAAGAAGAAGAAUUGAAAAGAAUAAAGGGAAGGGAACAUCUUUCACAGAUGUUAGAGCACUCAACGCAACUUUUGGAAGCUCAGUUGGCUAACCCUAUUCAGGAAAACCCACAAGAUAGUAGUUCUGAAAGUGAAAGUUCACAAGACUCAGAUCACCAUCUUAGCUCUAGUUCUGAUGACCUUUCAGAAGAGGAAGGAGAAGAAGUGAAAAAAGAACUGAGCCAUGUUGAUAUUCACACUGAUGCUAAUGAUGAAAAAUUAUCAUUAGAGGAGUUGAGACUCAAGUACAAAGAGAUCAAGGCCUCUACAUCUCCCCCUUCAUCCAAGACUAAUAGCUCAGGCAAUGAAUCAGAGGAAGAAGACGAAGAAGAUGAAAUAGACAUUUCUCAAGGUCUCUCCGCUUUGUAUGGAGGUGAGGUCUCCACAUCAGACAUUACCGCAAAUGGAGAAUACUCGACUAAGGAAAUUGAAUUAAUAGAUUCAAUAGCAAAAGAAGAGAAGAAUUCAGUUUUAGAUGCAGAAAGUGAUAAUGAUAGCAUAUCUACAGGAAGUGAGUCUGACUCCGAUGAUGAAAGUGAAUCUGAAAGCGAUAAAGAUGGGAGUCCGCAUGUUGGAACAGAGAAAGCUAGCGGAUUAUCUUCUCUCUUUUCAAAUGGUGAUAUUGAAGAAGACUCGUCAGAUGAGGAAAUCAGUCAGGAUCUAGAGUCAGAAGGCGAUUCUGAUGAUGAAAAUAUGUCAGAAACCACUGAUGAGGAAGAGGAGCCAACUACUCCUAAAUCCACCGAAGGCACAAUUAGUGAUGAUAAAGGUGUUGAGGAAAUAAUUGAGGAAGAGAUCAAUGGAUCUAAAGUUAGGGAUGUACCAGUUCCUCCAUUACUUCGUGGAACUUUGAGACCUUACCAAAAGCAGGGUUUGAAUUGGAUGGCAAGUUUGUAUAAUAAUAACACCAAUGGAAUUUUAGCAGAUGAAAUGGGUCUAGGCAAGACCAUUCAAACGAUUUCGUUGUUGGCUUACCUUGCAAGUGAACAUCAUAUCUGGGGCCCACAUUUAAUCGUUGUGCCAACUUCAGUUAUGCUUAAUUGGGAAAUGGAGUUUAAGAAGUUUGCUCCGGGGUUUAAGGUUUUGACUUACUAUGGUUCUCCACAGCAAAGAGCUGCGAAAAGAAAAGGAUGGAACAAACCCGAUGCUUUCCAUGUCUGUAUCACAUCAUAUCAAUUAGUUGUCCAUGACCAUCAAUCAUUUAAAAGAAGAAGAUGGAGAUAUAUGAUCCUUGAUGAGGCACACAAUAUCAAGAACUUUAGGUCUACACGUUGGAGAGCUUUAUUGAAUUUCAAUACGGAAAAUAGACUUUUGCUUACUGGUACGCCAUUGCAAAAUAAUUUAAUGGAACUAUGGUCUUUGUUGUACUUCUUGAUGCCUUCUUCUAAGGUUAAUCAAGCCAUGCCUGAUGGUUUUGCAAAUUUAGAAGACUUCCAGACUUGGUUUGGAAAACCAGUCGAUAGGAUCUUAGAACAAACAACUAUGGGUAAUGGUAAUCAAAAUGAUCUUAUUGAUGAAAAUGCUACGUCCAAAAUGGAUUCAGAGACAAGGAACACUGUUUCAAGGUUACAUCAAGUCUUGAGACCUUACUUACUUCGUAGAUUAAAGAAAGAUGUUGAGAAGCAAAUGCCUGGAAAAUAUGAACAUAUUGUAUACUGCAGAUUAUCAAAGAGGCAGAGGUACUUGUAUGAUGACUUUAUGUCAAGAGCUAAGACCAAAGAAACACUUUCUUCUGGUAACUUUCUUUCUAUCAUUAAUUGCUUAAUGCAAUUGAGGAAGGUUUGUAAUCAUCCUGACUUAUUCGAAGUUCGUCCAAUUGUUACAUCUUUCGUAAUGCCCCAAGGUAUUGCCAAUGCUUUAGAAGGUGACAAAGACUUUGUUCAAAAAAUAUUUAAGGCAGAAGAAAACUUUAGAGAUGAAGUAUCACUAAAUGUUUUGAAUUUAGACAUCACAAACUGUGAAGAUUUGAAUAUUUUUACUGCGAAUUCUUCGAAGUUGUAUAAAUCAAUUAAAGGGUUCGAGGAACAAAUCAACCAACUUGAUGAGUUGAUUGAAAAGGCAUCUAAAUAUAAAACUCCUCAGUUAACGGACCAUCUUGAAUAUUACAAGUUCAUAAAAUUGAGACAACAAUUAGAAGGAAGGGCUAGGUUAGAACAUGCCAUUUACUUGAAUAACUUGCGCUGUGAAAGGACACCUAUGUAUGGAAAGUCUUUACUUCUGGAAAUCAGAAAAAUAGGGACUGGAAACGUUAAAACUGAUGCUUAUCGAGAUAUAAUUUUGCCUCUCAAUAAAAGAAAAGAAGAAAUGACUGAUUACAUUGAAAAAUUUUCAGUUUUAACUCCCGCAGUUGUUGCUCUAGACAUGAAAGAUCAGUUAAUUCCAGUAUCAACUCAAUAUAGAAUAUCAGAGGAAGUUUUCCUGGAUAAUAUCACCAAUCCAUUUCACCAAUCACAAGUAAAGUUAUCAAUUGCAUUCCCAGAUAAGUCUUUAUUACAGUAUGAUUGCGGGAAAUUACAGAAAUUGGCUACAUUGCUUCAAGAUUUGAAGGCAGGUGGCCAUAGAGCAUUAAUAUUCACGCAAAUGACCAAAGUGUUGGAUAUUUUGGAACAAUUUUUAAACAUUCAUGGUUACAGGUAUAUGAGAUUGGAUGGAUCCACUAAGAUUGAAGACCGUCAACUUUUGACGGAAAAAUUUAAUAGAGAUAAUAAAAUCCCUGUUUUCAUCUUAUCUACUAGAUCAGGUGGUUUGGGUAUUAAUUUAACUGGUGCUGAUACUGUUAUAUUCUAUGAUUCUGAUUGGAAUCCUGCAAUGGAUAAACAAUGUCAAGAUCGUUGUCAUAGAAUUGGUCAAACCAGAGAUGUUCAUAUCUAUAGAUUUGUUUCUGAAUACACCAUUGAAUCAAAUAUUUUGAAGAAAGCUAACCAGAAGAGGCAGUUAGACAAUGUUGUCAUUCAAGAGGGUGAGUUCACAACAGAUUAUUUUGGGAAAUUUUCCGUUAAAGAUUUGGUAAGUGGAGAAGGGAACAGCAAUGAUGAUAUUCCUGAUAGACCAAUAAUGGGCGACGGAGUUGGUAAAGGUAAUGUUGGUAAUGUAUUAGCUCAAGCUGAAGAUGAAGAGGACAGAAUUGCAGCAAACGCUGCAAUGAAGGAAAUUCAAGUAGAUGACGAAGAUUUUGAUGAAGAAUCUAAACCAGCUACAGCUGGAACUACUCCGGUACCUUCUACAGGCACUCCUGGCAUGGAUACAAAAUCUGCCACUCCAGUAGUGGCAACUGAAGUUAAUACUGAUUUGGCAGAUAUCGACUUCGAAGAAGGUGUGGGACAUGUGGAUGAGUAUAUGUUACGGUUUAUCGCAGAUGGUAAUUUCUGGGAUUGA